AUGACCCAAGUUCAUAUAAACAUGGCAGUUAUCAUAUUAGGCGAAUGUUAUUUACCCAUAACAAUAAUCAUUACGAUUGCAUAUCAGUUAAUAGUAUUUAUUAUCGCCUAUACUUUACAAGUUGAUACUGCAAUAACUGAUAAUCUAAAUUAUAGGAGGAUCAAAUGUAGCAUUGCUUGCCAUCUUAACUUUAGUUCUUAG